AUGUCAUGGGACUCCAUAGAGUCGCGCGACUUCCUAGGCGGGGUGCCGGCCCACCAGCUGUCGGCGACACGUCUGCUGAGUUCACCUGAUCCAUCCAGACACCAUCUCGAUGAGCCUCAAGAAGUAUACCCGUUCUCCGAGGAUUUCCGCAGCGGUGCCGCUGGCGGCGCCGGCUCGGCUCGUAACGGCACUUUACGAUGGGGCUCCCGGUUCGGGCCGGCGCAUAGACCGCCGGCUGCCGGGCUGCUCGACUGCUUCCGAGCUUGCAGGUCUAGAUUGGACCAGUAUUUGGCGAGGAGAAAGAUCGAGCGUGGAGUCCGUCUGUACGGGCAGAACGAGCAGAGGUUGGCAGUGAAGGUCUGGCUCUCCGCCCUCCGAGGAGUUAGGCAUAGGAGUGACAAGUUCGCGCUAUUAGGACAUCUGUACCAGGCGUACAUGGACUUUGGGAAGUAUAGGGAAUCACUGGAGUUUGCGAACCGCCAACUUGGCAUAUCUGAAGAGUUGGACUCUGCUCCGAUGAGAGCUGAAGCCUAUCUGAACUUGGCAAGAGCUCAUCAGACCUUGGGUGGACUUGACAGGGCCCUUUCCUACGCCCGCCAAGCGUUAUACAACGACUGCGGCGGUGGUUCCACGGCUGGUUGUGUGCAUUUAACUGUCGCAGCCGUUAGUCUGGAGUUGGGAGCCUUUUCUAAAGCCAUGGACGCCUUCCAAAAGGCUCUGGCCGUUGCUCAGGCGCAGAACGAUAAUACACUACUGCUUCAGGUAUACGUAGGUCUCUCCGAGCUAUGGCGACGUCUCCGCGACGCAGAGCGCGCGGUGGCAUGCGCGGCGCGCGCGUGUGACCUCGGACGCGGUCCGCGCGCGACUGACCUUAAUACGCGCCAUCACCGCACGGCAUUGCUGCAAAUGGCCGCCGCGCUCAGGGCGAGGGGCGAACUGGGAGAUGCACAUGAUUAUUGUAAUGAGGCAUUGAGGCUAGCGGCAGUGGCAGGAGAUCAAGGUUGCUACGCGCGCGCAGUACGCAUCGCGGGCGAUGUGUAUCGCAGGAAAUGUGACAUCGGGAAAGCUUUGAGGCAUUACGAAGUAGCAAUGGGCGCCGGCCAGGCAUUAGGCGACCGUCUCGCGCAAAUGGAGGCUAUGGACGGGGCUGCGCGAUGUCUAGAAGCGUUACGCCUACAGGGCAGAAUCUGCAACUGUAGGCCUCUGGAGUUUAAUACAAGAUUGCUUGAAGUCGCCACUUCCGUUGGAGCUAAGAUGCUAGUCCGUCGCGUCCGGCUCCGGCUGGCGGAGAUCUACACGGGGCUGGGCGACAACGAGGCGGCGGCGCGGCAGCGGCGCGCGGCGGCGGCCUGGGCCGCGCCCGCCUGCGCGCGCUGCCGGGAGCCGCUCGCCGAGCGCGCCGAGCCCCUCGCCUCGCUGCCCUGCGCGCAUAUCGUGCAUCAUGCCUGUAUGCCAGAGUCUUGGUCGCGUCGGUCGACACGAAGUCAGUCAGGAGGCGGUGUAGAGUGCGCAGAGUGCGCGUCCCCGCGCGCGCCCAGGGCUCCGCCCCCCGCGCCACCAGCACCGCGGACGUUACCAACUCAGUCAUACUUUGGAACUGGAGAAAGGACAUCGAAUAGUUUUUAUCCCGAAAAUCCUGCGGGAGCGGGAAAGUACCAAAAAUCCCACGAGAUCGAGAACUAUGUGGCACUAUUCCACGUAAACGAAAUCGCGGGGAAAAGCAAACCUUUGCAUAGAGGUCGCCACUGUACUUCUUAA